AUGAGCACUGGGAGAGGCGGUAAUAGAGGGAUGAGAGGUGGGAGAGGUGGUGGUGGUAUGGACAACUCCAGAGGCCGAGGUGUAUGGAGAGGUGGUCCACCUCCUGGUUCAGGUUCAAUCUCUAGAGGAGCUUCUCCAGCCAUGUCAAAUACCCCUCCUCCAGCUCCUAGACAAUCUAUCAACGACCAUAUGAACGAUAUGAAGAAAAUCAUUCAUCAGGACGAUAAGAGUAAAUCCGCUAAAGGUUUUCAAACCGAUACGGACAUCUCCAAAUCUUCUGGACCAGUUGAACGAGAAUUGAAACCAUGGGUACCUGACGCUUCUUCACCUCCACCCAACGGAUCUCAUGCCAACGGUAGUGGGAAUGGUAGUGGAAAAGAUCAAGAUACUUUCGGUACUUUGGUUACCAACAUCCCAUGGGACCAGUUCGAGACUAACGAGAGAUUGUUCGGUGCCAAGACGGAUUAUCAAGAGGAGCUGUAUACUACCAAGUUGAACAAGAAUGGGGUGGAUUAUAAGAAGAGGGAAAAGGAAGCGGAGAAAUUGGCUAAUGAGAUUAUGGGCACCACAUCGAAGAACACUCAUAUCCAAGAAGAGCGAGGUCAGGUAGGAGAGGAUUCCACAAAGGACGAGGAGGAAAAAUACUCCGGAGUGGUUCGUGCUCCUGGUGCAUAUGUUCCUCCAGGUGCUCGUCGAGCCCUCGGUCAGGGUGGUACUGCUCCUCGCGUCUCUGCUCCUCCCGCGGCGACAGCAUCAAAGCCCAGUGGAGGGGCCGCUCCUUCCCCUGCUCCUGCAGCUCCUAAAGCUGUCUCCCCCGCUCCCGCUCCCUCCUCAACUGUCGCCCCUCCCCCCGGUCCACCUCGAAGUACAAGUGAAGACCCCUCUGCUACCAACUCCGGUGCCGCUGCCGCCGCGUCAGGUCCUGUCAAACCUGCUGAAGCCCCUGCUAUUCCUACUAUCACCGCUCCCACAGAUCAGAAAGCAGAUGGACAACUUGGCGGUGUGGUAGAUCAAUGGCGUCAAUUCGUCGGUACGGAACGAGAGAGGGCUGAGGCGAAGAAACAGUCUCAUAUCAAGUCUGAAAGGGAGAGACAACUUGCAGAACUGAAAAAGUUCCAUGCAAGUUUCAAGGUCCCAUUACCCAUGCCCAAGGACAUCUUACCUAUCCUUGCUAAAGACGAGACCAAGCAGAAAGAUAUAGAAGCCAAAGCGGCCACGCAGUUGGAGAAAGCAAGGGAAGAUCGAAAAUCCCAAGCUGGUGCCAAUGUCAAGUCACCUGUCAAGACUUCUGCGCCUAUGGAAGUAGCCAAGACCGAUCAACCUAAAACACUACCACCUAAAAAACCAUUCAUGAAAAUACCUGAAAUUCCACCUUUCAACCCUGCUAAACGCAAGUCUAUCGUUCCCUCGGCUAACGCUAACAGCUCCCCUGCCGCUGCUCCAACUGUACCUAUCGCUGAAACUGCCGGACAAAACAUACCUGUACAAGCUACUUCCCCAACUCCUUCCAUGGCCAGUCUCGCGUCUGGUUCCCAAGCCAAACUCAACCCUAAAGCGAAUACUUUCGUAUUCAAACCCAGUGCAGCUGUCUUCAAGCCUGGUCAACCAUCUGGAAGUCCCGCUGCUGCUCCCCGUCAAUUGCCUGCUGCUACUUCAUCCGCAGCAUCACCUGCACCUGCGUCAGCAUCAUUGAAGAAUCCGUUCUUCAAGGACAAACUACCUGAAAAGGUGAAUGUUGACGUGAGGAACGACUUCAACCCUUGGAAACAUGGGAAUGGCUCUGUACCUUCUGCUUCCUCUGUGGGAUUACAAUGGCCUUACCCAGGUAGGAAAUCUCAUAUUCCAUCUUUCGUCGGUGGGCCGAUGGGUGGCGGACCUAUCCCGAUCCACCUUGCUGGAGGGGUUGGCGGUCCAGGUUCAUCAGUGUUUGAAGAUGAGAAUGGUGGAGGAACUGGUUCACCAUCACCUCAUCCUGCUCCGCCGAUUGUGGGGGGAAUGCAACCGUAUCCUGGAUAUGGAUAUAGGUUCAAUCAGCCCGGUUUACCACCGCAAUUCGCAGGACAGAUGAAUAGCCCGAUGUUCUCACCUGGUGGGCCGCAAUUUGCUCCUCUACCUGGCCAACAACAACCACAGCAACCUCAUCAUCAGAUGAUACCUGGUCCCGGUGGACCUAAUGGUCCUCAACCAAAUGGUAUGCCAAUGUACUACCAUUCUGGAAUGCCUCAAAACCCCCAAUUCAUACCCCCUCAACAUAUGCAAUUCAACCCUCAUACACCUCAACGGCAUGGGCCAGGUCCAGGACCGGGACCAGGUGGACCAGGACCACAAGGUUAUUAUCCCCAUCCUGGCGUAUCUACACCUCAUCAAACACCUCAGCUAGUCCAACAUAACCUCCCACCUUUCGGCCAACAACCACCCCCACAGCAAUUCCAUCCUCACUCGCCUAUGCAGGUGAAUCAACCUCAUCCUUCUGCUCCUCAAGCUCCGUCGAAUCAUGCUGGUGGACCUCAGGCGCAACAGCCUCCUGGAUCAGCUGGCGGGAAUUAG